AUGCCGACACAAGACGUACCAAAUGGUAAUGAAGGACAACAGCCCAAUCUGCAUGGAAACCUUCUCCUACAAGCCAAGCAUAAUCAAAAGAGACAUUUACAAGAGUCGUCACAUUUAUCACAGCAAUUACAUAGGACCCUCGCAUCCUUGAUACGAAGUAACUCAAAUAAUGGCAACGAAUGCCCACCAGUUUUAGAUAAAAUUACCACGAUUCAUCAAUUAGAUCAAGAGAUUGAUAGACAAUUAAAAGAAGAUGUGUCUGUGAAUUAUGAAGCACUUUUGCAUGAUAAAAGAAAUCUUACAAACCUUAUAAACAAGAGUAAUAGUAAAUUGCAAUUGCAUACUUACGAUGGUACGAAUAAACAAACCAGUUCCGUAGAUGAGUUUCAAAGAAGAUCAGAAUUGAUUGACCAGGACUUGAGGAUAUUGGAAUACACCUUAAAGCUCAUUAAACUGAACAAGGAUCCUACUAAAUGA